UCAAUCCUUACUGAUACUUACACCCCGGAGAAUCAGUUCCCCAGAUUGCCGUGGAUCUUGUCUUAAUCUUGGGCAUUCAAGGCAGGGCUUCGACCAUAUACCGAGCAGCCUGCCCUGGAUAGUGCUGCUUGAGCCAUGGGAGAAUCGCUGAAUCACAAGGAAAUCACCAGAAAUGUACUCUCAAUGUUAAAUUCGGACGGUCAGAUACCCCUCGUUCAACAGUUCAAUGCCACCCUGCUGGGGCGUUAAGGGAUGACCAGGAGUUAGCAACUUGUUGCAUACAUAGUCGGCUUCGUGUGACACCAGUUUGGUAUAUACAUCUCGCUUCAAAUUUGGGGAUGCUAAGCCAUCUCGAAUAAGUAAGAUCAAGUCGGCAAAAUCAGCUUGAAAAAGUCAUAUUAUCUAACAAAGCUCGGGCGUGAGAGGAUCAAGGAAAAUGAACCCGAAUAAUAUCAAUUACAAAUGGCUAAUUAAUGAUUUGACAUUUGCCACACCUUCUCAAGGAAACCUGAGGCGAUCCCCCGUCGAAUGUGCUUCAUUUUGUUUUGGACUGCCUAACUGUACUACUAUUUCUCUACUCCUGCAUCUCGGCAAAUCUAUUUGUCAAACAUUUUACAAAAGGGGAACGUGUUUGGAAAAAGACGAAGUUAAAGCGAAGAAGGGAUAUCGUAUGUUUCAAAUAGAGCACAAAAAGAUAUUAGUAUAUCAGCCACGCGGCAGAUUGCAGUUGAGUCCCCCUGUAUCUGAAAUGUUAGGUCAUGACGAACAUAUCGAGUACAUGCAUGACCAAAAUUCGAAUUCAAUUUUAUUUGUGUAUCAUCGGGAUGCUAACAUUGCCGACCAUAUCAAAACCAUUCUUGUGUACCGACCGGAUGGAUAUGGUAAUUACAGGCUCACUCAAAAUAUAUCGGUUUCUUUCAAUGUUGUGAUGUUUUUCCACAAACUAUAUGAUAUGAAAAUGAUAUUAGCAAACCACGUAUUCGGAAGACUCAGAUCUAAGACAGUAGUUUAUAAGAUGUUCGAUAUCAUAUCUGGUCAAGUGAAUGACAUUUUGAUACCGGAAGGACAUCUGUGCUCAUCAUCAAUUUACGAUACAUUUAAUCUUUCACCGAUAUUUUAUAAUGGCAUGAUCUUGAUAAGAUGUAAAGAUCACAAAUGGAACUCGAAGAACGGAAAGUCAACGCUUACUCUAUUCAAUAUAACUUGGAAAGGAGGUCAUGGUACACUUUCGGCUGGUCCGAGCUGGGAUGAUUGGCAUGAACACGCUUUCAACCCAGACAACGGACAUAUCAUGGAUGUUGUGAGACAGAAUCGCCGACUUCGUCGUUUUACUAUUGAGUUUCUUUAUCCUAAGUUUAGGAAAACCGCAAUCACAUCAAUCCGAAUGCCACGCGCUGCUCGAUAUUCGUGUCAAAUGUUCAAUGAAAAGCACUCAAAAUACAUCUUCUUUUUCUACUACGACAACAAAUUAUUAUUUUCCAUGAGAAUGGUAAGAAUGUUGUGUAUUCCACUGAAUCCCUGGAUAUCUGCACGCAGAUUUUGUGAAGUAAUUAAAGUGACGAUAAAAAGUCGUAUUGCAAAGAGCAAGGUCAGGCGAGAACCGAACCUAUUACUGAACGAUAAUGGAGACUUUCUCCAGCCGAUUGCUUCUACUACAAAUAUGGGAAAUGGUGAGAAAAUGAUGACAUUCAGAUACAUGAAUAUUUUCACAGUUCGAGAAUUGGAGGUGAAUGACGGACAUGCAUGACAGGCUGUUGGCGUCGUAGGGAAAGGCUGUUUCUAUUCUAUCUCUAGCGUUGCAGGUGAAGGCUAUUCAUCUAUCUCUCAGCGCUAGUGCAGGGAAAGGCUAAUUAUUUCUCUUUCCGCGGCAUGGCAUUAUCGGCUCUGCUCUUUUAUUCCGUCUUUCCCGUCACGACACGACCAUCGGCGUCUGACGCAGGAUCAAAAUCUAGACGCAGAGAUUGUCGUAUUAAUUCAUACUCCACUGUAAGACAUCGUUGGUCACCGGCGCCAGGUCGCGCGUCUGAUCGGUGGGCGAUUCGCAAGAGUUCAACAAAUGUCUCCUGUUGUGGCUUUGACAAUGGGAAUUAAAGAUUAUUAAUGUGGGGAUAACAAGCUGAAAUAACUCUUCCAGUAAUGGUGAGGUGAAGCAAAGGUUUGUGAAUAAGAACUUGGUGAUCACGUCUACCUUUCUCACAUUGCUUUACCCGCGAGCAAGGAUGUCACUACCGAAAAUCUUAUGUGAGGGAUGUUUCCUCUUCAUCCUAUAAACUUCAGCAAUGACCUGGACAUGCACGUACUGAAAGCAGAACUUCUUCACUUACCUCUAUUUUGACAUUUUGGGGUAGCACGUCGUGAUCGCAGGAUUUGCACAUUCAUGCAAUGUAAAGCUAAGCCUCACCCCUAACAUUUUUAAUGUAGUACUGCUUACCCCAACCAGACCAUUGUAAUAAUGCUAACGCCACGCACUAAACUCCGUUUAAUAUAUGCUUAUGCUAUAAAUGUUCGUUUUUUUUAAAUAUUCGAAACCACUUACAGAAUUUAAACUUCAUCCAUUUUGGCCUGGCAGCAUGCUCUAUGGCUCGCGAUAAGCAGCAGACAGAAUCGUGCUUCGGUCUCGGCCAUACGCUGCGCAGUCGCCGGUGUUGGUCGUGGGGCAGAGUAUGCAUCCAGCUUUAUCAAGCCAAAUCCGUGGCUUCUAGGUCUACUCUUUUGUGAAGGUUCCUGCCAAUUUAAAACCCAACUUCGAUAGAGAAACCGUUCAAUUCAACAUGUCAUGGUUGCAAGUGUGUUACAUCCCGACUCCCAUGCGUUUGCGACACCACUAUCGAGCUCCACAAACCCAUGACGGAUUCCAUCGAUUUUCUCGCUCUCAGCGCGUGCCUCAAUCACAGCGCUGAUCUGAAAACUUACAGAGGGUCAACGCCGAUCACACGUUGUCCAACCUCGUCGCCUGUUUUGGCAACAGUCCAACUAAUACAAUUGUUAGUGUAUUUUUAGAAUCCGUUUCCUUGGCACAGGGUUGUAGGCAGAAAUUCGUUCUCCUGGGAUAGCCAAUACAAAAACUAGCUUCAACUCCACAAAUUCUAAAGGUCUUUUCCUCUCCCUGUUUCCGCUGCGCCAUGGCGAAACACGAAUUAUCACAAUUUUAAAAACGUGUGGUCGUGAAUAUUUCAAAUUGUAUUGUCGCUUAGAAUCGUACUGUCGAUCAGAAUCGGAUACUACUGCAGUUGCUGAGAUCGUUGUUCUGAUUGGUCCAAAAUCAAUGCUUGCCUGGGCCAAAAACAGCUUCUGAGGCGGAAAAUGUCAAGGGUUUGGGUGAGUUAUUAAGAGAUAUCAAAACAUUGCGGGUCAAGAUGAGUGUGUUAUGACUUGCAACAUGUUUAACAUCGGAAAGCUCAAUGGAAUCAUACUGUGAUAUCGGCUUCUUUCCACUUUUUUUGCCCCAAAAUAGGUUAAUUUGGAUAUAUUCAUUUUGUCGUUAUCCGUGUGCCACUUCACAAAGAGCCUACCCCAUGGCUAUAAGACUUUUGACUGUUUUUUUGGCAGAAUACAAGAAUAUUUGGCAAUGACUUAAUUUUAUAAUGGUGUAGCUUUACAUAACCCCGACUUGAAACAGCAGACUUCCCUCUGGCUAGAGACGGUCAGUUUAUCUUGGUAAACACUCCAGACAGUGGUGGAAUAAACUCACCACGGAAAUAUAAGAUAAGGUAGAUGCGUGGAUCAUUGACAACUGUCAGCGGCGGUCGAGAUGGCAAAGACAGCAAGCUUCUUUCUCGUUCUCUGUGUUGUCGUUUUCAUUAACCAUAUCAACGCCAAACCAGGUUGUCAGAAGAAAUGGCGACCAUUCAAUAGAAAAUGUUACAAGUUCUUCGCUAAGCAUGUGAACUUCACGCAAGCGGAAAAGCGAUGUAGGCACCAUGCUCUAGGUGGACACCUAGCCAGCAUCAACAGUAUGGAAGAGUUCGUGUUCCUGUUGAAAUUUGUCAGGACAUCAAAGUCUGGAAUCGGCCCAUGGGUCGGAAUUAUCAUAUCCGGCGGAGUUGGAGCACGGGCCUUCCACUGGACAGACACGUCCUCAACUGCAUUCAGGACACCAUUGGCGCCUCCAUGUCAGAGAAUAGGGCCAGGGGAACUCAGUGCAAAGCUGAUCAAGGGGAGGAAGCGGGCCCAAGCUGGCAUUUCCUUUAUUGAGCCAAAAGAUAUGGCUAAAGGGUACAUAUGCGAGAGUUAA